GCUUUACCGAUACCCGAAUUGUUUCUGCGAUGCGUGGAUAAUUUUACAUUUGAGGGAAUGGGAAGAUGUUUCAGUCGAGCUUUUAGAGCCGGCGGGGAUGUGUGUGGGCUUCUGAAGGCUUGCCAUGGCUUUGCGGGAGCUGAAAGUUUGCCUGCUGGGGGACACAGGUGUUGGGAAAUCCAGCAUCGUUUGGAGGUUUGUAGAAGAUAGUUUUGACCCGAACAUCAAUCCCACAAUAGGGGCUUCUUUUAUGACAAAAACAGUGCAGUAUCAAAGCGAGUUGCACAAGUUUCUGAUCUGGGACACAGCUGGUCAGGAACGGUUCCGUGCUUUGGCACCGAUGUACUACCGUGGAUCAGCGGCUGCAAUCAUUGUGUAUGAUAUCACAAAAGAGGAGACAUUGCAAACAUUGAAGAACUGGGUGAAAGAACUGCGACAGCAUGGACCUCCAAAUAUAGUAGUAGCAAUUGCAGGAAACAAAUGUGAUCUUUCUGAUGCCAGGGAAGUACUUGAAAAGGAUGCUAAGGACUAUGCAGAUUCCAUCCAUGCAGUCUUUGUGGAAACCAGCGCCAAAAAUGCAAUUAACAUCAAUGAGCUGUUUGCGGAAAUCAGUCGCCGGAUUCCUUCAACAGCUGUCAAUCCAGGAGCAAACAGUAAAGGAUUCAAGUUGAGGAGACCUCCUUCUGACACAAAACGCAAUUGUUGUUGACCAUUCUGGAAGCUUGGACUGACUUGGCACGCGCAUACCAGAAGAUUGAGGGAUCCCUGUAAGACCGUUGCUCUGGCAUUCAGUCUUUAUGCUGUGCUAUCUUCAACGGUAGAAUACUCACUGCUCAUAAUCAUAUUGUCUCAUUUUUCCACAAAAGUGCUUUAUGCAACAUCUUGGCAGGCACCUUGUCAACUGCUUGUGUUUUCCUCUACAACCUGCCUAAGAACAGAGAAACCAUUGAACCAUGGACUGCUUAAGUGAUAUCCUGGAGCUGUGUUGAUGCAGAGGUGCAAAAGAAAACUUUAAUUUUUCCUUUCAUGUAAAUAGAUGAAGGUAAUUACACAACAAAAGGGAAAUGGAAGCACUUUUUAUUUUAGAUUGUUUUGUAACCAAGAAUCAGACUUCUUUGAAAAUGCACUUUGCAGUUCUCUGCCGAGGUGGAACAGUCUGAGGUGGUUCUGUCGUUAAUACGUAUUUGUUCGUAUAACUGCUCCAAAUCACCAAAACAAAGAAGAACCUGAUCCCUGAGCAAGACAGCAGUUCAGUCCACAGAGUACAGCAGUUUGACCUCGAGCACUUAAGAGCGAAAAGGUCCAAAAACCUUGAAUUCUCUCUGAUACUGUUACCCUCUGCAAGUAUUAACACCAUCUGAGUUAGAGCUGUUACUGCUGUUUCUAAGUGGGUUAUUUGGAGAAAAAUUGAGAAUGGCUUUAGAUCCCCUAGUGGCAGAUUUGAUAAAUACCAUGUCUGGUGCCAGGUUUAAUCAUCAAUCUAUACCAUUACUUGCUCUGAGCUGAGUAAGGGGUUCUAUAAUUGACUAAGAAGAAAAAAUAACUACCAUUCACGUUCCUAAUCAGUAUCUGCUGAUUGCCUGCUAAUAGUGCGUGCACAUGGGUGGUAGAUGGGGACAUAUUGAAUCUCUGCUUAUGGUCAAAUAUCCUACAAAGCCUUGUGCAUGAAUGAUAGCUAGUAGGCGCCAAAAAACUGUACCUGAGCAAGAGAAGGCACGUUAAGAAGAAGCAUGAGCUGGUAAUGGUGGCAACAACUACCCAUAUACAUGGACCUAGUGUAUGUUCAGGGGAUUAUUCUUGAUUCUUCAGUCCAAUGGCAAAAGAUUCUGAUUGAUUUUAAAGAAAAGACUGCAUUUUGAGGGGAAAGGAGGGCGAAAGUUUGCACAACUUCUAAAAGUAGUUCCCUCAAAUGCUAGUAUUCUUGGGUUGGAACCUAACAAAAGGAAUGAAGUCAAUGCUGCAUUUUGUUUCAGGUGUCCAACCUGGGUACGAAGGUAUCUGCAAACCAUGCUUGCUUAAGCGGAUGUUACGUGAGCUUUAACAAGUAUAAAUCAGAGCACUAGUACUGUGAGUUUUAAAGGAGCAGCCAUAUUAACACUAGCUUGAUUCCACCACUUACUAAAAGAUUAGGCUACAUGCUAGCCAGAGCUUACAAGGCUUGGCAUUUAAAACCUAUUUUGUUUACCUUAUUAUUGUCAACAAAUACAGUAAAGGUGAAAGGAUUGUAUAUCUUCAACUAGUGGACUCCAUUUAAUGUAGUUGUAUCACAAAGCAAAGCACUUUGAUCACCAUGGAAGAAUCCAAUUCCAUCUGGACACAAUUGAAUGAACGAUUCUUGGUUUGGGCUCUUCAAAAGAGCAUGUUAGCACCAUUUAAUUGAAGUUGCCCACAGGCCAACCACUGAGGCAAUGGAGGGGAUUCUGAGGGUUAAAUCACAAUAUUCUACCCAUUACCUUGCCUUAUGGCUUCCUCCACCAGAGAUAUUGAUGUGUUUUUGUUUCCAAGCUGUAUGUGUUCUUUGUGAUAUCUACGACCUAUUUAUGCAAAACCAGUCAUGCAGAAGCCUAACACGAGAUUCAAAAUGGUUGAGAAAUCUGCUAUUGCAUUAAUGAUUCUGAUCUCUCCUUUUAGCUCAAGGUAAAUAUGAGUUAGCUUAACUGAAACUAGCCCAGCCUGACAUGCCAUUUAUCAUUUAAAUGUGGAUCUUUUUUCUUUUGACAAACCUUCUUUGUAUGCCAUCCAGUAAACUGAUGUUUAUUAGAAGCUCACAGUAGGGACUGUCAUGUAUAGAGGAAGAUGGAUAGUAGUGCACAGUGGAGUAGGUGAGUCCAGGCAUUAAAAUGUCGCUUUCACCUACUGUAUUUUAUGAGAAUAUGAGGGUGAAUAGUUAUGCCGUGCAGUCACAAUUCUCUGUCUGUGGUGUCAUUUCUGCAUUCACGCAAGUGGCCCCUUCUGGCAAGUCCAGUUUCUGCUGCAGUACUGUGUGAUAGACCACUGGGACGGCAGUUCACUAACAUACUUUUCAGUCCAUCUCUGAGUGCACGUAGUCUGAAUUUGUAUCUCAAGUCAGCUUUAGAAAUAAGGACUUCGAUAGUGCCUUUAAAGAUCUCAGGAAGUCCCAAAGAGAUUUACAACCAUUAAAGUAUUGUGAAUUGUCAAUCAUGUGACAGUCAAUUUGCAGCAUUCUACUACAAAAUAAAAAAUCAGUGAUUUGUGAUAUAGAUUGAGGGAUAACUAUCGGGCAAGAUUUUGGAAGAAUUUCCGCUCUUCCCUCUCCUUCCCCCCCCCCCCCCCCCCCCCCAAAAAAAAAUACAAUUAUUCAUUGGAAUAGUGCCAAUGACUGCUUUAAUCUGAAGGACACUACUGGCAUUUUCGCGGCUGCAUUGGAGUUUCAACCUGUAUCUGCAACCAUCUUCCUUUGUGCGCAGUGUCGUUCUACCCAUUGGAAUAUUUUCCCCUUGAUAUUUCAUGAUUUCAUUGUCAAACUUGGUCAAGUGCUAUCUUGAUGUCUAGGGCAAUCGCUCUCACGUUGCCUUUAGAAUUCAGCUCUUUGAUGUUUGGACGAAGGCUGGGAGGAGCUUGGCAGUUGAGUGAUCCUGGUGUUGCCCAAACUGGACAUUGGUGAGCAGGUUAUUGAUGACUUGUUGUUCGUCACUCGUUCUUGAGUAAGACCGUGACAUCUAGUCUGUAGUGUUGUGAUGUGUACGGAGAUGGCUGAUUAGACCAACCUGGGCUUGAAAGUCCCUUUCUCACAGGUGGCAGAGGUGUAGGGACACCGCAGCAUUAGUCGUUCUUGAUUUCGAGAAUCUCUUUGCCUCCUCCAUUCUAGCUUCCUUAUAUAAUCAAGCACUGCUUUUUAUGUGGGUACACCAAACAGGACGAUCCCAGUGGUAUGUGUCAAUGUUGGAACUCUUCAGGGUUGAUGACCAAGUGCUACUUGAUAAUGCUGCCAGUGAUGGCUACCACCACUUCAGUGAUGGAUAGUAGACUGGGCGAUAGAUUGUUGGAUUGGAUGUGUUCUGCUUUUUAUAAACUGGACAAUUUUCCAUGUCGUUGAGUAGAUGUCAGUUCUUACUGCAAUGUAAUAGCUUUGCUAGAGGCACAGCUAGUUCUGGAGUGCAGGCCUUCAACACUGUUGUCUGGGCCCAUUGCCUUUGUAUCCGGUGCUCUCAGCUGUUUUUGAAAUCUUGUGGAUAGAAUUGAAUUGGCUGGAGACUAGCUUUCUGAUGGUGCGGAUCUCAGGAGGAAGCUGAGAGGAGUCUUCCUCUCAGCACCUCUGGCUGAACAUAGUUGCAAGUUCUCCAGUCUUUUAGCACUUGCAUGCUGGGUCCAGCCACCAUAGAUGAUGGGCAAGUUCUUGAAAUCGCUGCCUCCUGUUAAUUGCCCAGAAUUAGAUUAGAUGUGGUAGGACUGCAGACCUUUGACCUGAUCUAUUGGUUGUGAGAUUGCAUAGCUCUGUCUAUUGAACGCUGUUUUUGUUUAGCACAUACGUAUGGCGAUCUCAUUGUGCUGACACCUCAUCCGUUUGGGGUAUGCCUGAUGUUGCUCCCACCAAGUCCUUUCCCUACCUGGAUACUAAGGUUAGAGUGAGUGAUAUGCCUGACCAGUGGUGUAUAUUUCUGCUGCUAUUAAUGGUUCACUGUGUUUCAUGGAAACCUAGAUUGAUCUGCCAGGACUGUACUGAAUGUAUCCCAUUUAGCAUGCUUGUAAUACCACAUAACACGAUGGAGGAUGUCCUUGCAGAGAAGACGGAGACUUCAUCUCCACGAGCACCGUGUGGUGAUAAUGGUGACAAAUGCAUCUGCCACAGUAGAUUAACGAGGAUGAGGUUGAUUAGAUUUAUCAUUUAGUGUUGGUUCACUCACAACCUGGCACAGACCCAGUUUGGCAGUUCAGUCCUUCUGGCUCGGUCAGUAGUGGUCCUACCGAACCACCCUAGGUGACGGACAUUGAAGUUUCCACCCAGAGCACAUCCUGUGCCCUUGCUACUCUGUGCUGCUUCCAAGUGUAGUUCAAUAUUCAACAACUGAUUCAUCAGCUGAAGAAGGGCAGCAGGUGGUAAACAGGGGGAGGUUUCCUUGCCUAUGUUUCACCUGAUGCCAUGAGACUUCAUGGAGUCUGCAGAGUCUCCAAAGGCUAAUCCCUCCUGCCUGUUUAGCACUUUGCAUCAUACCUGGUGGGUCUAACCUGCUGGAGGAAUAGGAUGUCCCCAGGGAUUGUGAUGGGGGAUCCUGGCACAUUGCCCAUAAGAUCUAGGGUAAAGGACUACUUGGCACUUGUCUAAUGUUCCCUGAAAACAAGUUUGCGGGAACUUGCUGCUGGCUGGCUCCAGUAAGCUGUCCUAUCUCUGUCCUGGUCAUCAGUCAGAUGUCGCCCAUGUGUGGACUACCUCACGGUCCUCUGCCUUUUAAGGGGAUACACGAGUCUUGCUGCCUUGUGCAUGCCCUCAGUACCAGGGGGAAUUCAAAUGGCAGCAAGAUGACGUGCUGCAGUUCUAGCCUUGGGAAGCAGGUCAAACUCAAAGUUGGGGCCCAGGAUAUCGAGUCUUGGGGCAGCUAGUGUUUUUAUGUGAGCACAGAGAAGCCUAUGUACAAGCAUUUACGUCCACCAGUGCCUGAGAGACACUGGCCAAACUGCUUUUAUUUUGGUGGGCUAAGUUGACCAUCCGUCAUUAGUGCCAGUUGCCUACAGACCAUUUCACUGGAAUCCAUUAUUGCCUGCGAUGUAGUGGCCAUUAUGAAAGCUGCCUUGUCAGCACGGCCAUCAAGAAAUCCAUUAACUUGCCCCGUGAAAUCUGGUGUGUGCCUCUGCCAGCAGCAUGCAUUGAAUUACUGAGGCAGGCUUUCAGUGGAUUAACUGCUGUUUGAAGGUACAGAAGAUAGUGAAGCACAACACCACACUUCUCCACUCUCUCAAGUGCUCCCUGAGUUAUUGGACUCAGUCCAGCAUGAUAAAUGUCUGUCCAAAACCAUAUCUUUCCAUGUGAUAUUUCUUUUGCUCUUACGUUCAUUGUCUCUGCUUGUUAUUAGGAACUUGAAAAUUUGCUUAUCCAGCAUCCACUGUGUUCAUUUUAUCUGCUUUCCAUAUAUUUAUUAAAGGAAUCCCGAUUGUUCCUAACAUCAGUCGCAUUUUGCGUUUUAACUUCCUUCGUUUUCUUCUUUUUCCGGCUCUGUCUCUCCAGUGGUGAAUUUGCUUCGAUGUCGAGUCCUCACAGUUUCCCAGCAGACUAGUAUUUAUUUAUGAGUCUUUGUGCCAAAUUUGACAUGUUUUCAUUAUUAUUUCAUUCUCUGCUUACCAGAUAAAUUAAUUGACUGGUGCUUUAUUUGUUAAUCUUCAUUUUUGUUUGUUUUUCAUCAGUUCACUUUCUACUUUUUCUCUGUGUUGUGGAAUCAUCAAUCCUUCUCUAUUGUUUCCAACAGCUUAUGUUGGCUAGCUAUUUAUGUAGAUGCAAUUUUCUCAUUGGAAGCCUGUAUCUUCCUAUCUUGUUCUUAAAUAUCUCCUAAUGUGUGUUACUUUCUCCCUCACUGCACCCCUCCCCCCACCCCAAAAAAAAACAGGUCCCCUUUAGGGCAAUGAGUGGGAAAGGUUUAUAAGCAUUAGGACCUGGAGUUGAAUGGAUUCAAAGUAAUAACACAAUCAUCUCCCUUUUGGCAUAUUAGGCAUAAAAUUCUCCAACCUAUUAAGCAUAAAUUGAAUUUGGUGCAACUUGAGUUCACCCAAUCUUUUUUGCUAGUUUCUUUUUUUAAAAGUCUUCUAGAAGCAGGCCCACGUCAUCAAAAUGGCUAGACCAAACAAGAAAGAAACAACAGGACUUUAGGGAAAAGGAUGGCCAUUCAGAUAUGAUAUGUGCAUAAAUUAUUUAGAGGGCUGUGAAACUUUGGAAUUCUUUACCUCAAAUGCUUUGUCAUUGAUCGUACAUAAAGCUGAGAUAUGUAGAUUUUUAGAUGCAAAAGGUAUCAAGUGAAAAUGGUGAUUGGGUAGAAUAAUGGGCUGGAGGUAAAGGAUCGGCUGUUGUUUUAUCAAAUAUCAUUGUAUGCUUGGGCUAAUUUGAAUUCUAUUCCUCAUGCUUCUGUUCUAUCGGGUUAUAACCUGUAUUUUCCUUCAGUAGGAGGUCAUCGGUGCUUCAGAGGUAUAACCUCUUUCAUUUUUGUUGUAUGGUCAGCUUCAGUAGUCAUCAUUUCAGUGACCACAUGGGGAAAUGACAUUUCUGUUUCCUUCUGUUUUUUUUUAAAGAAAAGAUUAAUAUCUCGUUCAAGUAGACUUGAUGGAUUCUAAGAUGAUUGUGUUGCUUUCUCAAUAUUGUGAAGUACAAGAGUGACUUACAAUUCUGAAGUGUGGCGCAAUGCAAAAAAAUUACGGCAGUAGUUGAUGGGGUGAGGGAGUUGUUAUAAACGUGUUCAAUAUUAUGAAGUGUUUGGUAGAGUAAAUAAGGAGAGACAGUUUCUGCUAAACAGCCAGAGAACAUUAUAAUUGACACUAUGUAGAGGCCUGUGGAGUAAGAUUGGGGAAGUAAAACUAAUGAGACGGUCCUUAAAAGAUUCAGCAUGUGGAUGACAUCAGAGUGACUCUGUUCAGUGCCGUAUGAAUCUAUGAUCUGCUCUUUCACUAUGUCAGCAAUCUACCAACUGGCAUUAUGGAAAGGACAGUUUUGUACUUGUGAGGGAUUCUCUCAUGUGCAUCAGGAGGAAUACAGUGUGUGUUUGUUCAUUUAGACCUGGAUAAAUUUUAGCUGUUACUGCUUUUCCCAUCAAUGGAAGCAAGUGCUGUUGGUUGACGGGGGUGGUGGUGAGGGAAUGAGAAUGGACUGCUGGACUCUGUGUUACCAGACUUCCUAUAAAAUUGGUUCAAACUGGUUAUAAAUUGACAAUGUGCGUGCUAGAGUCAUCAAGGGGAACCUAACAUGUUGCCAACCAAAGUAAGGCAGGCAAUUGAGCUGUUCCAUUUGCAAGCUGUGGGUGAACUUGUCAGCUCUGCGAAGCUGUUGCACCGUCCCAUGUACUCAGAACUGAAUAUGAAAGCCUCCCAUAUUUGAGUAAUUGUCCUGUGUUUUGCUUUGUGCAAGACCACAGUUGAGGAGAGAGGACCAAACAUUUACUGUACAGACCUUGCCCAUGGUUCACGUUAAUGUGUGUACAGGAUCUCCAGAUCAGUGUUUAACAGCCUCCAGCAAAUGGCUGUCUUUUCUAUCAGGAGGUAUUUUGUCAUUUAUCUGGUGGUAUGGUGACAGAUCCACAACAGCUGCCAUUGGUUCAGAAUCCCAGCCUGAUAUGGUGCAGUUACUAGGUCUGUCUUUAGUGCAAUGGCUUCACCAGGAGACAUUAGCAAAGGAGUAGGUGGCAGUGUAUAAGAGGACCACACUCUCCCCACUUGUCUUCCUCUUCUUUCCUUCCAAUCUCUGCAACCCAGAUGAAAAACAAACCUAUUCAAAGUGUAUUUGUCUGUCUGUCUGUCUGUCUGUCU